AUGUCUUCACCAAUUUUACCUGCCGAAUGCUUUAGAAAAAUACUCAAUCUUCUCGAUAAUUCAGCAUUAUACAAUUGUUUAUUUCUCAAUAGAUAUUAUUGUAGAGUUGUGAUUCCUAUAAUUUGGCAAAAUCCUUUCGUCAAACAAAUUGCGACUUUUACUAGCUGUUCAUUAAUAAACACGAUACUAUCAUGUUUCGACGAGGAUGAAAUUCUUUCAUUAAUUCCUAGUUCAAUAAAUUUAAAUACUCAACCUCCUUUAUUUGCAUACGUAGAAUUUGUCAAAAAAAUUAAUCAUGAUUGUUUAGUUGAACACGUUAGGACCUCUAUUGAAUCAUCAAAUGAAAAUGGUAAUUAUUUGGAUUGUGAAGUUCAAAAGUUGGUAAAUGCAAUAUACAAUAGAAUUUUUCGUAAAAACACAGCCUUUCAGGAAUUCGAAGCCAAUGUAACACAAAAAAAUUAUAUUGAUCUACCAAAAUUUUCCGUUUUUACAAAUUAUGAACCUGGAAUUAGAAGGCUAAGGUCUUUAACGAUAUUUAAUUUAGAUUUAAUAAGUAGUGAUAGAAAACGUCAAAAUACUUCCAAAUUUUUAGAUAUGGUGCCUAAAUCAUGUGAUAGUAUCGUUAAUUUGGAGUUAUGGAUUAAAUCAAUCAAGAGUAUAUUUGUGAAAAAAUAUUUGGACAUUAUUAAAUCGCAACCAUUAAAGAGAAUAUUCCUAUAUAUUGAUAGUCCUGAAAGAAUUACAUAUAAUUUGGAAUUAGAAUUUCGAUCCGAAACUUUAAAAGAAUUAAUACUUGAUAGUGUUGAUUUCAAACAAAUUAGUUUAUCAUUUAUACCAAAAUUAAAACAUCUAGAACGUUUAGAAUUUUUAUAUUGUAAGGGAUUUAAUAAUUGUGUAGUUUUAUCUAAUAGUAAAUUAUAUCUUAAAAAAUUUAAAUUAUGGUAUUGUGAAGUGGGAGAUCUCAUAGAAGAAAUAAUUUAUUAUCUUUGUAAUGAAUCAUUAUUAAAGUUAACUCUUAGCAAUGCUACUACAAAAGCAGUUCAAAUAGUAAAAGAAUCUUGCCCAAAUAUUAAUUAUUUUUGUAUAAGAUUUUAUGCAAGAACAUUUUCUGAUUCAAUAAUUCCAUUUAUAUGUGAUUUAUCAUUAUUAAAUGUCUUAAAUAUUGGAUCAAAUUUUGGUAUUGAUAUGGCUUCAUUAGUUAAAAAUUUUGGAAAUUAUUUAAUUUAUAUUGAAUGUUUAUUUUUUGAUUUUAAUAUUGAUUUACAAAGUUUUAUUUAUUUUACUAAUAAUUGUAAAGCUAAUUUAAAAUAUUGGAUUCUUACUUUAGAAAAUAAUUCUUCAUCUAAAGAAUAUUUAUUACAAGUAUGUAAAUUUCAAAAUAUUCAUAAUUCUUUAAAAACAAUUGGAAUUAAGAAGUAUGGUGAUGGUUGGAUGAAAGAAGAAUUAGAAAUUAUUGAUAUAUUAAAGAAUCAAGGAAUUAAUAUUGUUACACCUGAUGAAUUAAAUUAUUUAUUUUGUUAA